UUUAAAAUGAAACAUAUGUUGAGUUUUUGCCAAAAGUUAUAGCCGAAAUCUCUUACCAAAAAAACCAAACUAUUGGCCAAUUACUUUGAUUUAUUAUUCGGAUUUAGGCCUUUGUCUUCUUCUUUUCUUCGCUUGUUUUGGGACUUGUCGCCGCCAAAAAAUAAAAUAAAUACCGUAAAAUGGUUCGUUGGAGUGCACGCUCUAGACGGGCGCGCCAGGAUAAGGUUGAAUUGCUUGCCAGCAAUAAUAAAGUGAAUUCGGGUGACGAUGAGACAUCCGAAAAUGCUGCUUAUCGUAAUUCUGCUGAUCUCUCCGAUACCGAUGAAAUCUUUCUAAAAGGUCUUCUACUGAGCAAUCCCUCAACACCGCACAAGGAGCUUAUGUUAAAUCCUAUCGAGCCACAGCCGGUUCCAGCAUUUUUACCCGCUCAUCUUAAUAAUAAACCGAUCUGUGACGAUAUUAUACGUAAAUUUUCACCUUCAAGACGUCUGGAGUCACGUGAGUUAGCCAAACUCUUGGCCCAACCACAUUUUCGUGCCCUUUUGCGUGCCCACGAUGAGAUAGGAUACUUAUAUGAACAACGUUUAAAAUCAGCUGGCGGUUCACUUACCAAACUUGAAGUCACAUCUCAACGACAAUCGGGUGGUUAUCUAUAUACAGAGGAUAUAUUAAAUACCAAAAUGCCAGUAGAAACCAUAAAAAUGGUGGGACUACGACGGGAUCCCAAACAGCCUUUGGGUCUGACUGUCGAAAUGGAUGAGUACAAACAGCUGGUGGUGGCACGCAUCCUGGCUGGUGGUGUUAUUGAUAAACAAGGAAUGCUUAAUGUGGGCGAUGUCAUUUUGGAGGUAAAUGGCACUUCUGUACGCUCACCAGAUGAACUUCAAGUGGAGGUAUCGCGAGCCAAGGAGAAUUUAACACUAAAAAUUGGACCCAAUGUUGAUGAGGAGAUCAAAAGUGGGCGCUAUACGGUCAGUGGUGGUGUGGGUAGUGGGGGUCAGGUUAAACAGAAUGGCAUCACGAAUCUUGAGACGGGCAAGAAAUUGACGUGCUAUAUGCGAGCCCUAUUCUCAUACAAUCCAUCAGAGGAUACAUUACUACCAUGCCGAGACAUUGGUUUACCUUUCAAAUCGGGCGAUAUUUUGCAAAUCAUUAAUGUCAAAGAUCCAAAUUGGUGGCAAGCCAAGAAUAUUACGGCCGAAUCGGAAAAAAUUGGUUUAAUACCCUCACAGGAAUUGGAAGAGCGUCGCAAGGCUUUUGUAGCACCCGAGGCUGAUUAUGUGCACAAAAUUGGCAUUUGUGGAACUAGAAUAUCGAAGCGUAAGCGUAAAACCAUGUAUCGUUCGGUGGCCAAUUGUGAGUUCGAUAAGGCCGAACUUUUACUAUACGAGGAGGUAACUCGUAUGCCGCCAUUCCGUAGGAAAACUCUAGUAUUGAUAGGUGUCUCCGGUGUGGGCAGACGUACGCUCAAAAAUCGUUUGAUUAACAGUGAUGUUGAUAAAUUUGGAGCCAUUAUUCCACAUACAAGUCGCCCGAAACGUGCCUUGGAGGAGAAUGGUGUUAGCUAUUGGUUUAUGGAUCGCGAGGAAAUGGAAGAGGCAGUCAAACAAAAUGAAUUUCUUGAAUAUGGCGAACAUAAUGGCAAUCUAUAUGGUACACAUUUACAGUCCAUUAAAGAUGUCAUCAAUAGCGGACGCAUGUGCAUUUUGGAUUGUGCACCAAAUGCUUUAAAAAUAUUGCACAAUAGCCAGGAAUUGAUGCCAUUUGUUAUAUAUGUAGCAGCACCUGGCAUGGAACAGCUCAAGACCAUAUAUGCGGAUCGUCGUGCCACUGGAUCCAAUAGAAAUUUAUCUUUUGAUCGUCAAAGUUCCAUACGCUUCAGUUCCAGACGUGCACGUACACUAGAAUCCCUAGCAUCGCUCUAUGAGGACGAUGAUCUUGUAGCCACAGUGGAAGAAUCGAGUUUCGUGCAACGAAAAUAUGAGAAAUACUUUGACAUGGUCAUUGUCAAUGAUGAUUUCGAUGAGACGUUCCGUCAAGUGGUUGAGACUUUGGACCAAAUGAGUCAUGAGGAACAAUGGGUGCCCGUAAAUUGGAUUUAUUAGAACAGAAAAACAGAAACUUAUAUAAUCUUCGAAUAUUGUAACGACACAAAAAAUACACCAGUAAUUGUUUGAAAAUUUUUCAUAUGAAACUAAAAACAAAAUAAUCCGCUUUUGAAAAGAUAUAUAAAUGUUCAAGUUUGCAUUAGAUUCUUGUAAUUAGUUUUUUGUUAAACCAAAUUAACUAUUUUCAAUCAUUUAAUGUUUUAUUUCACUUAUCUAAAUGCCCUCCGUCUAUUAUUGGAUUAUUUAACUAUAAGUCUAAUUUUAUAGAAAACGAAUUCGUCCAUUUUACAAGCUGUUUUUAUAUUUAAUUUAUACUAUUUCGUAUUCUUCUGUUUACAUAUGUAUGUAUGACAACUGCAUAUAUUUUAUACAUAUAAUUUAACGAAUCUCUUGAGUACAAUCAGUUUCAAAACUCUGCCAACAUACAUAUAUAUAUCAUUUAGUUUUUAGUUUUUUUUGUUUGAUUCCAAUGAAAUGUAUAGUAAAAUAUUGAUGUAAUUCCUCUUCCCCUCGUUUCUAUUUAAGAGCAAAGAAGAAAU